GUGUGCAAAAGUUAAAGAAAAUGGGCAUGGAAAUUCCUGAAGGGAAAGGCCCUUAUUCCGUGGGAAGUACAGACCUCAUGACUGAUUAUGGUAUUCAGGGGACUUUUUUGCGUCUGUAUUAUCCUUCCCAAAAUUAUAUGAAUUAUGAAAAAACAAAAUGGAUUCCCAAUAAAGAAUAUUAUAAAGGACUCUCUAGUUUUCUUAACAUUUCUUGGAUAGUUGGAAAGUUCAUUCUACCACAAUUUUUUGACAAAGCUACGUCUCCUGCAAAGUGGAAUGCUGAAUUCAAGACUGGAGAAAAAUAUCCCCUCAUUAUUUUUUCCCAUGGACUUGGAGGAUUUAGGUAAUACUGCCUUUUUACAU